AUGGAGACUGUCUCAGACAAUAUUUGCAACGCGAGAACAGUUUCCACAGACGCUGACCUACAUGCCCUGAGCUGCAGAGCGUAUCAAAUUUCACGUGAUUGCUCUGCAGGAGACCACAGAAAGGGUGACGUACGACAGAUGAAUGACGGUACACUCAUCAUUCGUGAAGAGGAGGUUACGCUGCGAAAUGUAGGCGGUGUUAGUUUUGUUGUGCACCUGUCUGUCAUCAAUGUUGUCGAUUCUCGCGAGAUCCUGCCACCUCAUCUAGCCAUUCUUCGCCUACGACCACUGCGUCAAAAGCCCAUCAGCAUCAGCAGCUGA